CAGCUUAAUAGAAUGCACUGUUGCAUGAUGAAAUUAUAAUAUUAAGCAUUUCCACCACAGCACUGUGUGAUCUGGAAAUGAAGAAACUCAGUGAAAAUGAAGGAUUGUGUGCGACAUUGAGUCAAGUGAAUAAUUUGUGUGGUGUGUGUGAUUGCUUUCACCUUGAACGAAGGUUAAUGCAAUGUGAAUAAGUCUUCAAACGGAGGCCAUAUAAGGAGGCAAUCACAUUCUAAAUUAAGCAACACGUGAGAAAAGCUUGGUACACUUUCUAAUUCAUGCUUCUCUUUUCACCUGUUAAGAAAUAUUGCCAGGGCUCAUUAAAGCAUGCAAGUGUUAUAACAGUCCUAAUGACAAUUCUAAAGGUCAGUAGGGUUCUAUCACUUCCUGCUCUCUCGGCCUUAACAACAAUGAUUCAUAACACAUCACAGGUCAUUUCAUUAACUGCCUAAUUAAAAGUUCCAAAAGGCCAGAACAAGCUUUGUCUCAAUGACAUUUGUGAGAUCAAAAUGAAUUUCACAUUGUUCCAAUUCAGUGGCUGCCCAGAGGCAAGCAGGAGAGGACCUGCACCAUAAAUAAGUUAAAGCUUAAUUUUCCUUUCAAGCUACAUUUGGUAACGCCAGAGUUGAUUCUGACCUCAACGGUCUUUCAUGUGGAAUGAGUCAACGGGCUGAAAGACAAUGGAUGAGACUUGUGUAAAUGUAAAGCGUCUUGAUGAAAAUGAAGAACAGUGCACCGAUGAAGAUAAGACAGACCAAGAUAAGACAGAGGAAAAGCUAAUCAGCUCUAAUGAAUGUUCACGGAAACCAUGGCAAGAAUCGCGGUCACGAAUCAGAGAGUGUGUGCUGUAUGUGAAGAAGGUUCUGGUGUUUUUUGCUAGCAUGGAGUGGUACUGUUAUGCCCUGUUAGGGAUCAUCACGGCUCUAAUGAGCUUCUUCAUGGAUAUGACUGUAGCCAAGCUUCUGAAUGCUCACCAGUGGCUGUACAGAUGUCUGAAGGGUCACCACCUGCUGCAGUUCCUCUGCUGGACGCUUUACCCAGCCUGUCUUUGUGCUCUGUCCACCAGCUUCGCCCACAGCAUCUGCCCAUUCUCUGCAGGCUCUGGUGUUCCUGAGGCGAGGGCUAUUCUCUUAGGGAUGGACAUGCCAGAUUACCUGUCCCUCUCCAAUCUCUUUGCUAAACUGUUUGGCCUGAUAUGCACACUAGCUUCGGGCAGCACAGUGUUUCUCGGCAAAGUGGGUCCAUUUGUCCAUUUAUCUGUCAUGGUGGGCGCGUUCAUGAGUCGCCUGCAUGUUUCCUGCCGUGGUGGAAAACAGAGAGCAGCUAAAGGAGAAAUGCUGGUUGUGGCAUCAGCGGUGGGUGUCGCGAGCUGUUUUGGGGCUCCAGUCAGCGGUGUUCUGUUCAGUAUAGAAGUGAUGGGGACUCAUUAUUCAGUCAGAAAUUAUUGUCCCUGCUUCUUUGCAGCGGCUUGCGGCGCAAUCACCUUCAGACUGCUUUCUGUCUGUAGUACAGAUCAAGAAACCAUCCAGGCCCUGUUUAAAACCAGCUUUUCUUCUGAUCUUCCCUACCAGCCUUUUGAAAUAUUUAUUUUCGUUCUGCUUGGGCUGUUCUGCAGUAUUCUCAGCUGUAUUUAUUUAUUCUGUCAUCGCUGGGCUCUGCGUUUUGUCAAAACAAACAAACCCAUCAGCAGACUUCUAGCAACAGAAAAGUCACUUUAUUCAGCCAUAGUGGCAUUUCUCCUCGCCUGCUUUACGUUUUAUCACUCGGCGGGACAUUUCAUAGCUUCUGAGCUCACAAUGAAGCAGCUACUUACCUCACUGUUAGACGACACUUCCUGGUACAGCGUUUCCCAGAAUGCAUCUGCCCUGCCAGAACCUCAGAAAACAUUCUGGCAGGCAUGGAACCCACCUGGCAAGAGUUACUUCCAAACACUAGGGUUUUUCAUUACCGCAAAGGUUGGGCUGUUGGUCGUGGCUUGCACUUUGCCUUUACCUGCUGGCUAUUUCAUGCCAGUAUUUGUUUACGGUGCUGCGGUGGGGCGUUUGGUAGGCGAGGGCUCAGCCUAUUUCCUCUCAGAUGGAAUCUCAUCAGCAAAAAGUUUGAUAAACCCAGGUGGCUAUGCGCUAGCAGGAGCAGCUGCCUUCUCUGGAGCUGUGACACACACACUCUCUCCUGCUCUACUGGCUCUGGAAAUGACCGGCCAGUGCUCUCACGCCGUCCCCGCUCUGGUUGCCACGCUGGUAUCCAACGCAGUGGCUCGUGCAAAGCACCGUCCAUCUUUCUACGACGGCAUAUCCCUUAUUAAAAAGCUCCCACACUUGCCCUCUCUCAUCCGCGCUUGUCCAAAGUUGGCCAAUGUUCAGAUCAAGCAGUUUGUGAUUCCAGCAGGAGUUGUUCUGGAGAGAACAGAGACACUGGCGAGUCUGAAGCACAUCCUAAACGACAGUGCAGACAAUGAAUUUCCUGUGGUGGACUCUCACGACUCCCCUAUUCUCCUGGGUACAAUCAACAAAUCACAGCUGCGGGAGCAUCUGCAUCAGCAUAGAAAUGAGGCUUUAUGUAAACAACUAGAGGAAGUAUGUUCUAUUCAUCCUGUGCGGCUACAUCUGACUCCUGAAAGCACUGUAAAGCAGGCUCAUUGCAUCAUGAGUGCCACGGGUGAGCAGCGUCUGUUUAUAACGGAGAGUGGGCGGUUGUGUGGCGUCAUCACAUGGAAAGAGAUGAAGAAAAUAAUAGAAGAGAUGGCGAAGGAAGUCUGAUGCAUGGACAAUUAGCUCAGACAUCGAAUCACACACCUAGGACAGGCAUCAAUCUGUGCUUGCCAUUUUGAUUAACAUUUCAUCUGCUGGUGAUUUUACUCGGGUCAUUAUGUGGAUAAUUAUUCAUAGUGAAAUAACAAAAUCUUUUGAAAUGAGGCAGCAGUUUAGUAGGGUACAACAGGGAUGAAGUUUCUCCAAUGUAAUAUAUAUUUUAUUUAUUCUAAUCUUUAUAACAAAAAUAGCAAAACCACCACCAGAACACUUUGCUGAACAUCUUUUUAUGGUAAAAUUUUACAUUUUAGGACUCACUGAUCUACCUUAAAAUGUAGUUUUAAAAGUUUUUUAAAAUGUAGGUUUAUGGUACUAAUGAAAAUUUUAUUUACCAGGGUGAUUUUAUCAUUAGUUGUUCCACUAGUUAUAAGUGUCAAUUUUUCAAAAUUGAGAUUUAUAAAUCAUUUAAAAGCAGAAUAAAUAAGCUUUCCAUUGAUGUAUGGUUUGGGAAAUAUUUGGCCAAGAUACAACUAUUUGAAAAUCAGGAAUCUGAGGAUGCAAAAAAAAAAUUGUCAUGAAUAUUCAUUUAAAUGUUAAAAGUUCCUUCAUAGGACAUUAGUCAUAAAAAACAGUUGAUGUAAGUGCAUAUUUCUUACGGAUAAUUCUGUUGUUUCUUUCUGGUCCUCUAUGUAUAUGUGAUGUCUCUCUGCCUUUAAAGUUGUUCAAAUGAAGUCCUUAGCAAUGCUCAUUACCAAUCAAAAAUGAAGUUUAGAAAUAUUUA